CGCAUACUUCGCUACUGAACUUCGUACCAUCUCUGAUCUACCAGACCUUACCUCCACCUACUACUCCCGGUCAUCCUCUCUCUCUCUCUCUCUCUCUCUCUCUCUCUCUCUCUCUCUCUCUCUCUCUCUCUCUCUCUCUCUCUCCUCGCGUCGUAUCCUACCUAUCUCAUACCUCGCACCCAUUACCUCGCCCAUCUGCGCGACAUUGAGGUGACCACAAUAGAGCGGGCGAGAGAAUCUGCGUACACUACCACACGCAGCAGCCGCUCCCCUCUCUUUCUUGACUUCAAAGUAGCUUCAAAGCUCAUUCUUUUUUCCCCUCCAACAAAAAAAUCAACAUCAACACAACACAUAGUUCCCGCGCGUGGAGUCGCGCAACCCCACCGUCACAAUGAACGACGAAGAUGCCAUCCAGAAUAUCCUCAAAAAGAUUGAGCGCGAAAAGGCUCUCCUCAACGCCGCCAAUGCUAUGAGAGCCCAGACAAACAACGAGGCUGUGCGAUCACGACUCGACUCCCAGAUGCGCGAUGGCCGUCGAAACCUGCAGUUCUUCGAAGAGAAGCUUCGCGAGGCCCAGAUGCGGCGGGGAAUGGACAGCAUGUCUAUCGGAUCCCCUUCCGGCAACGGCAGACCUCUCAGCGGCGACGUCGAGGAUGCGCCCGCUCCUCCUCCCAAAGAUGCGAAUGCCUGGGCAGAGCGUGGCGGAUACGGUGCCGGGAGCGCAACAUCUGGCGGCAAUGUUCAGUACAGCCAGAUUGGUGGCCACGCCGACCUGAUGCCUCCCCGCCAUCCUUACGCCAACCCAGGCCCAUCUUCAUCUAUCCCUAAGCCGCGUCCCAAUUUCACCAAGCUUGAUCUUAUCAAAUAUGAUACCCCGUAUCUCGGCCCUCGUAUUCAGCUCAUGCUGUCGCAGAUCCAGUUCAAGCUCAACGUGGAGGAGCAGUAUCUCAAGGGAAUCGAGAAGAUGAAGAGUUGAGAGCAAGCAAAAGAUUCUGCUGUUGAAGCAGGCCAUGAAGCGCUACGAGGAGUUGCACAUCGACAUGGACACAUCAGAUGCCCAGGAUGGUAUGUU